CCAGUUGUUUUUUUUCUAGUAGACUUCCCCCCUCCAAAAGAACGUGCGUGUUUGCGUCACGGGGACGUUCGCGCGGCCGAUCUGGUUCCCGCCAUCUGCCCUUUUUCACGAAACUAAGAGGAGGCCGGGCCCGGGUUCCCUCAAGGAAGACUAGGCCGGGGCUCGGCUGGAGGGGCCACCCUCCGGUAGAGGAGAAGGAGGCGGCGGCGGCAGCGAGCGGGCGAGCGAGCGAGAGAGAGACGGAGCGGUUUGCCGGGAACUUGAAGGUCAAAAACCAAAAAGACGCCGCUUUCCUCCUCCUCCUCCUUGAAUGGCGGGGCGGCGUCGUGCAGUCCAGUAUAUAGUCAGAAGUAACUCCCAUUGAAUUCAAUGAGAUUUCUCACUAGAGAUAAUUAACGUUGGGCAACUUUGACAUCAUGCAAGUGGUAUUCCCUUUCCUCUCCUUCCCUCGCAGCCCCUCCUGCACACCCCAGAUCUGUUCCAGAGACAAGUCCUCCAGCCCUCACAGCAGACUGUAGGACACACAACUUGGACAGAAAAAACAGGACGUGUGUUUAAAAAAAGACUUUAUCGUUAUUUUUAUAACCUGUACGAAAACAUGGCUCCAGUGAAGUUAUGUGGAUCUAUUCGCAUGCGUAGCAUACAGACUGGGACUACAAAGUGGAAAGAGGGGACAUUUGAAAUUGUGGAGAAAGAUAAUAAAGUGACUCUUAUGGUUCAGUAUAAUGCAGGAGGGAUUCCAAAGAUAUUCCAGCUAAAUCAUAAUAUCAAAAAUGUGGCUGUGCGACCAAGUAAAGGGAAGCUGUGUUGUUUGAUGGUAACGCUGAAGGAUUCUAGUUUCCUGACUGUGGACAAAAUACCAUCUAAAGAUGCAGAUGAUAUGAAGUUGUAUCUGGAGACUGUUCAAAAUGGGGCUCAUACAGCUGUGAAAUCCUCUCAGGGAUCUGGAAGUUUUGGAGGUGUUCUGGGCAAUCGAUCUACACAGAAGGACUCUAACAGGCAAUUCACAUACACUGAAAACCAGACUUCUUCCAAAAGAGGGAUUGUUGAAAAUAAAGAUGAAAUUCAACUUCGUAAGGUGCUGGGUAGCCCAGGAAGAGCAUCAGUUAAGAAUCCUUCAGUAACAGGAAUGUCUGGCAAUAGAGUUAACAUUUCGGUUACUCCUACUACUUCAACACCUCACAGAACAGGGUUGUUGGAAAAUCGUGAAAGGAGAAAAAGGACACCACCUGCUUUGGAGAUGAAUGAAGAUUAUCCUAAAGAGAAUGAUUCAUCAACCAAUAAUAAAGCUGUGACUGAUCCAGGUCGUAAAUUUUUACAUAACAGCAGAGAAAAACAGCUGAAUUUGAAACAGAAUGAGGAAAACAGAACAUCAGGACUUUUGCCUUUGCAAUCAUCUUCAUUCUAUGGUAGCAGAUCCUCUUCAAAAGAUUAUUCAGCUAGUAAUUCUAAUCUAGACAGGUCUAACGUCCUAAAUCAGACUCCUUCUGCCAAAAGAAGCUUGGGAUUUCUUUCUCAGCCAGCACCCCUGUCUGUUAAGAAAAUGAGGUCUAAUCAAGACUACAUGGGAUGGAAUAAGCCACGAAUGCCUCUUUCUACUCACCCACAACAGCAGCUUCAAGGAUUUACAAAUCUAGGAAAUACUUGUUACAUGAAUGCUAUUUUACAAUCUCUGUUCUCAAUUCAGUCAUUUGCUAAUGAUCUUUUGAAGCAAAAUAUCCCAUGGAAGAAAAUUCCAUGCAAUGCACUUAUCAGACGCUUUACUCACCUGCUCCAUAAAAAGGAUGUGUGUGGCCCUGACACAAAGAAGGAGUUGCUUAAAAAGGUGAAAAAUGCAAUUUCAGCUACUGCAGAGAGAUUCUCUGGCUAUAUGCAAAAUGAUGCCCAUGAAUUCUUAAGUCAGUGCUUGGAUCAGUUGAAAGAAGACAUGGAAAAGCUGAACAAAACAUGGAAGAAUGAGCCAGUCUCUGGUGAAGACAGUUCCCAAGGACGCAUAUCUGAUGAUUUGUCAGCUACUAGAGUUUAUACAUGUCCAGUGAUUGCAAACUUAGAGUUUGAGGUUCAGCAUUCUAUUGUAUGUAAAAUGUGUGGUGAAACAGUCACCAAACGAGAACAGUUCAAUGACCUUUCCAUUGAUUUGCCACGAAGAAAAAAACUUCUUCCAUCUCGAUCAAUCCAAGAUUCAUUAGAUCUCUUUUUCAGGGCAGAGGAAAUUGAAUAUUCUUGUGAAAAGUGCAGUGGAAAAUCUGCUCUUGUUACACACAAGUUCAGUCGGUUUCCCAGGGUCCUGAUUCUUCACCUGAAACGGUAUAGCUUCAAUGUGGCACUUUCCCUUAAUCACAAAGUUGGACAACAAGUAGUUAUACCGAGGUUUUUAACCCUGCAGUCUCACAGUACAGAAAGCACAAGGCCUCCACUUAAUCUGGGCUGGAGUGCACAAUCAGCAAUCAGUUCUCGGCCGUUGAAAGUAUCUCAAAUGGUGAAUUCAUGUUCUGUAAGCACUUCUACGCCUUGUCGAAAGUACUCCUUUAAGUUUAAAGGUCCUAUUCUCAACUCUGUGGAUUCAGAUAGUGAAGAGGAGCCACUGAAACGCCCUGUUGCAAAUAGUCAAAAACAGUGUGAUUUCCAAAAUAGGGAACAGCAACAAGAGGACCCAGAAAAAAACGCAAAGAAAAUUAAAACAGAGAGUGAUAAGGCUUCAGAGUCGACAAAUGCUGGGUUUGAUGGGAUGAGUGAAGACGAGCUUUUAGCAGCUGUUUUGGAAAUGAGUAAAAGGGAGGCAUCACUGUCACUGAGCCACGAUGAAGACAAGCCCACCAAUAGCCCAGAUACUGGCUUUGGAGAGGAUGAGUUGCAAGAUUUGCCAGAAGCUGUGGAACCUAUGGAUGUGGAGAAACCCAAAAUAGUUACAGAGUCAGGUUUUGCCAGCUUCACUGAAAUAACUAAAGAUUUUGAUGAGAACAAGGAGAACAAAACUCCAGAAGGCAAUCAGGGGGAGGUUGAUUGGCUACAGCAGUAUGACAUGGAGCGAGAGAGAGAGGAGCAGGAGCUACAGCAGGCUUUGGCUCAGAGCCUCCAAGAACAGCAGGAGGCGCGGGAACAAAAAGAGGAUGAUGACCUUAAACGAGCCACUGAAUUAAGUCUGCAAGAAUUUAACAGCUCUCUACUGGACAGUCUUGGCUCUGAUGAGGACUCUGGGAAUGAGGAUGUUCUAGACAUGGAAUACUCAGAAGCAGAGGCUGAGGAACUCAAAAGAAAUGCUGAGACAGGAGAGCUUCCUAACUCCUAUCGUCUUGUCAGUGUUGUUAGCCAUAUUGGAGACACGUCAUCUUCAGGUCACUAUAUUAGUGAUGUAUAUGAUAUUCGCAAGCAGGCAUGGUUCACAUACAAUGACUUGGAAGUAUCCAGAACUCAAGAGACCUCUGUGCAGACUGACAGAGACCGAAGUGGCUACAUCUUCUUUUAUAUGCACAAGGAUAUAUUUGAUGAGUUGCUAGAAACAGAAAAGAAUAUGCAGCUGACUUGCCUGGAGGUGGGAAAGCCAGUUCGACAGCCCCAGUGAAGAAUGACUUUCUCUCUCAGCACAAAAGAUUAUGAACUUUUGCCUGAUAUGCAAGAGCUCCAAACUCUCAAGAACUCAGGGCAUCGUUGAGACAAACCCCUUGGAACAGGAGGGAUGGACCAUUGACCUCAGCCAUGCAGUUAAUCAGUUCUCUUCCUUUAUUUUUGUUUCUGUUAAGAUGUUCAAGAAAUAAUUUUGCCAGCAGUUGAGUUAUAUCAGGCUAGAGGAUUAGCAGUUCCUUCAGAAACUCCUCAAAUGCAACUGUGAGAAGAGACUGCAAUGGUCAUCCAUUUGUCUGAUAAAGGGAAAUGAAGAUUAUCUUAUAGAUGGGGUGGCUUUUUCCCUCUUCCUCAUACAACAUCAAAAUUAAGCUGUGGCCUGCAACCUGACAUUUAUUAUGUCCAUAGUAUCACUGGAAAGCAUCGAUGACCGAUCACUUGAAUGGAAUUACCUGGCAUUGCUGAAACAGAUGAAGUUGGACACCCACAAUUUAUAAUCCAGAAUCACAAAGAUCCAAGACACAAACUGUUGGUGCUCUAAAACCCAUUCCAUAUGACAUAUUUACAGUUCACUAUCAACCUUGUUUGAUAAUUAUAUAUAUAUAUUUUAACUUCAAAAGUUUUUAUUCCUUUUGAUUGUGUUCUUUUCUACGUAUUGCCAUUUUCAGGGCAAUUUUAUUUCUUUAUGAGUGUGUGGGUGUAUUUGCUGUGUUUCACUAAAGACUGUCCCAGUUGGGCUGUGAGAGAGGCAGCUAACAGCAACAGGUCAAGGUCUAUUCUAAACAAAAUACAAUCAACAACAGUUUCUAUUCUGUGUUCCUCUUGUCUGCUCCUGUCUUCAGACCGGAAAAACUGUACUUGCUUGGAAGGGGUUAUCUUUCUCAGUUUUACUAAAUUGCGCAAGUGUCAUAUGCUGGAAGGUGAAAUAUACAGUAUACUUCGCUUUUUUCAAGUUAUGCGACAAAAGCAUUCAAGUCAGUUGAAAAACAAACAUUUUCACAAGUCUUUGUUAUGUCUGCAAGGCAUUUCAGGGCAAAACGCAUUGGUGCUUCAGAGAUAUUUGGAGAACGUAAACCUUAUUUUAUGGCUCAUUUGGCAAGAAAAAUGUAUCUAGGAAGUAACCUGGGCCAGUUCCUCACUUAGUUUGAAAAUUAAUUGCUCCCUCUCUCAUUUUUGUUUUUUUAUGGCAAUGAGAUUGCUGAUAACUGAGCUGUUUCUUGGUUUCCUUCUGAACAAGACCUCCUUUUUGAAAAGUUUAACAGAAAUUGAGAGGUUUUCCCCUUUGGGGGACUUUAGUUACUAUUAGUACUUCCUUUAAAAACAAAAUUCUGGGACUAUAAGAGACAGACAACUAUAUGAUAACAGACAGCAGGUAUUCUCUAUUACAGGAUUUGCCUUUAGGGUUUGUAGCAUUACAGGCUGUGUUAAUUCCAAAUGACAUUUGCUAUGUAUAGGAUAACAACAGGGUGAUAAAAUUUCAAUUGCUGCCUACUUGAUCUGUUGAAUAAGACAAUGUUUUCUAAAGUCACAUUCCCAAAACAUACUAUGCUUCCUUACUCUGCCACUGUAUUUUGUACUGCUGACAGUUGAAGUAACUUCAGUGUGUUUUUAGCAAGGAAUAAAGCAAUUUUCUCUCACUUAAAAAACCCCACUCCGAAUGUGAUACUCAUAAUACUGAAGUAGAAUGACCUCUGUUGUUGAACAACACUCCUCUGAAUAAAGUUUCUGUUCCUAAUCUGAAAUGUGGUGGCAAGGAACUGGUACAUCUAAUACUCUCUCCUUAGUUACAUCUUUUUCAGCUGACAUCCAGGUUCACUUAUGUCUUUUCAAAAUCUGUAGAAAAUUCAGUACGUUGUAAAAGGAUGGUUCUGUAUGCACUAAAUUAUUUUUUUUCAAAAUGAUAUAUUGCUUUAACGUAAUUCUGAAACUAUUAAGUGGUUACUCUUGUGCAGUAUCUUCUUAGUUGUUUGGGAACAGGGGUUCUUUUAGCAACACUGAUCAUAGAUCCUUUUGAGGCAUUGUACUGAAAGCUUGGGGACUUCUUGAAAAUUUCUGGAGAGCUUGAGCUACAGUUGCUGGGCUUUAAAAUUCUGUUGCCUAUUAAAGGAGAUUGGGUUUUGUGAGGAUUUGUUUUUAAGAGUCCCAUGGUGUUCAAGAUUAUUAGACGUCUUCUGAAAGCUCAUAUUCUUAGUUUCAAAGGAAUUCAGCACUAAACAUGAGUUUGCUGUGGGCUUUAGCAUAUAUUUAUUUGGCUUUUCUCGGUUUCUCUUCUGUAUUUUUCUGCUAUAUUUACUUUUUGAUAAAGAAAAAUAGCCAUAUUUGUGUUUGCACUAAGUAACUAAACUAUAAUAUGACUUCCCAAGAACAACAGAUGAUGUACGUACAUGGAUUAAGCGAGUGACUCAGGUAGGUUCAGAAAAUCAGCAAGUACCUGUAUAUUGUUUUUUUUUUAAUAAAAACUCUUACAGAAAUGUCAGUUGUUUUCUUAUGGUCAGGAGUCUACAGUUGUUACUGAAUAUCUAAACAUGCAGUUAUAUGGCAUUAGGUGCCACUGUCAUACUAAAACUUGCAUUUUUUUUCUUUUGAAUUUUAAUACUUGCCAUUUUGUAAGCUGGAGAUCUGUGGAAAGGUAUUUGAGAAGUACACGAAAGAUUCUGGUGAUUUCUUCCUUCUGAAAAUAGUCCUGGGCCUUCCCCACCCCUUACGGCCCUUCAUUGGGAAACAUAAGCUACAAUGUUGGAGAUGGUGCUAACAAGAUACAUUGCAACUAUUUCUAGGGUGAUUUGAUUAAGCAGAAUGAAACAAAAUUGCAUUUCACUUGAAAUACAGUACAUGGAUGUUUUUAGAAAAGUUCAGAAUACAAAGGAGAACUGAGUUCCUGGACAGAAACAACUGAUGUGCUUCUGAACUGAUCUAAGAUCAAGAACGGGCUGCCUGGGAAUGAAAGCUGAAGUGUGGGCAGUUUAUUCGUCUAGCGUUAACCUGCUUCUUUGAUGAAAUGUAAAAAUGCAAGAAAGGGAAGAGAAUGAAUUGAAGUGGGAGGUCACUUACAUGUUUGCUGAGAGUGGUUUUUUUGUUGUGAGUCACUUUUGUGUCCCUUGACACUUAACGCAGAGCAGCAUUUUUCUGUGUUUUAGCAGAUAUGUUCCUGUGUAUUUGUUACAGUUCUGCCUAUUUUAUUCCUCUUUAAAUGAUGUGUAGAUGAAUUUCUGAUAAAUUAAAUACUGUUUAUUCA